AUGGAGAGCGAUUCUCCGAAGUUCUGUUUGAGGUGGAAUAACCAUCAAACGAAUAUGAUCCAAUUCUUUGAUGAGUUACGUAAAAAUAAAGACUUUACUGACGUGACUUUAAUGUCAGAUACUCAGGAAGUAAUAAGAUGUCAUAAAAUAGUGCUGGCUGCAGGCUCUUUUUAUUUUGAAAGAGUUUUCCACCACGUGGAGCCAGAUCAAUCGACUCUCGUUUUAACGAACACAGAUUUUGCGCUAUUGGAGUCCUUAAUAAUGUUCAUGUAUCGUGGAGAAAUACAUGUGCAUCAGGAUGAUCUAAAAGCUCUUUUAAAAGCCGCUGAGAGACUUGAGAUUAAAGGUCUUAACAAUUUUAAGGACAAAAAUCAACUUGAAAAUGGCAGUAUAGAUGAGAUCCCAUCACCCUUUCUGGAACGUUCUCCACCACCAUCGACAACGCCACGACAAAAAAUGGAAAAACAUCCACAACUUCCGACUCCAUUAUCACAUGCAGAUUUGUACAAUUUGCAUGUGUCAAAUCAAGCUGUAAAUACAAUUUCAUCUCAAGGAAUUUGGCCGAUUCCUGCUUUUCCGUUUUCACAACAUCCGUACCAUUCACAUUAUUCUGCAUUGAGCAGAUCUUAUAUCCAUAAUUCCGAUACUUCGCCCCUGACGAAAAAAAAGAUGAUAUCUUCGGCAUCAAUGGCUAGCACUCCAAUUUUAAGGACAGCACUUGUUGGUCAAGGUGUUGUUGGAAAUGCACACUCAACAUCCGGAUCUAAUUUAGAUAAUGUUGACAAUGGAUCUGGUAGCAAUGGUUCUGCUAAUGAGAACGAUCGACGAUACAGUACAGACUUUUCUGCAAAUGAAGAUCCCUCGAGUCCUCAUACUGAUAUGGAGGAUGAUGAGAGAAAACAUUCUCCGAGAUCACGACGUGAUAGCUUCAACUCCAGCACAGCACCCAAAGAGUGGAAGCGAUACAAGCAGUACACUCGGGAGGACAUCAAUGCUGCCAUAGAUGUUGUAAAAGCAGGAGAAAUGAGCGCUUUGAGAGCAUCCCGAAGAUUCAAUGUCCCUUCUCGCACAUUGUACGAUAAGGUAAAGAAAUUGGGAAUUAAAACUCAGCGACACUCCGGACGCCAUUCAAGCAGAAGUGGCAACGGUAUCGGUCACAGAAUUGAAAACGACAGUGCUCGAUUUCCAUAUGGAGUUGGAGGCAAUUCUGAUGGCAGUAUUUACCGUAAUUCCUAUGGAAUGGUAGAUCCAGCAGAGCUAAUUAUGAACAUGAAACACAGCAGUCCGAGUCCUAAAGCUCAGUCUCUUUCAGAGGAUGGCAACUUGGAGAACAUGGUGGAAGAUCUGUCGAUAAAAAACCGUGGCAUCAUUCAUCCUUUAAUUCCCAAAGAGGAAUUUAAGGACGAAAAUCCUCCGCCACAUGAAACCUAUAACUCAUGA